AUGACUCACCAAAACCUUCAGCUGUCUCAGGGGGCCCCCGAGGGGCCCCCUGAGUCUGCAAAGCCCCCCCAGCGCUCUCAGGGGGCCCCCCAAGGGGCCCCCCAGGGGUCUGAGGGGGCCCCCCAGGGGGCCCUCCAUGGGUCUGAGGGGGCCCCCCAGGGGUCUGAGGGGGCCCCCCAAGGGUCUGAGGGGGGCCCCCAGGGGGCCCCUCAGGGGGCCCCUGACUCAGUAGGAGCUGAUCCUGCAGUCAAGGAGCAGAGACUUCAGACACAGCAGCAGCAGCAGCAGCAGCAGAAGAAGAAGAAGAACCAGCAGCAGCAGCAGCAGAAGGACCAGCAGAACCAGCAGCAGCAGCAGCAGGAGAACCAGCAGCAGCAGUACCAGCAGCAGCAGCAGCAGCAGAAGGAGCAGCAGAACCAGCAGCAGCAGGAGCAGCAGAAGCAGCAACAGCAGCAGCAGCAGCAGCAGCAGAAGGAGCAGUAUCAGCAGCAAGAGGCCACGAAUGUAUAUAUCGUUUGUUUCGUAUUGAUUAUAAUUUAUAUUAUAAUGUUUCACACAUAA